AUGCCCGGAGAAAUUAUUUGGCCUAUUAGGCUAGUAUUUCUUAUAUCUACUUACGUGCUUGCAGCUUGGUCUUUUUAUUAUUGCGCAUCGACCUCUAUAUCCACAUUACAAGCACUACAUAGUGCAACAGUUGGAAUUCAUUUAAUAAUAUGGGGCAACUUUUUAUUGGUUCAUUAUUUUUUGAUGGUUUGGUUAGUUAUAUGGUUGUUAUUUGGCCGACUUACGUUACUAGAAUAUGAGCAUAUCUUUGAAAGGCUUCAUGUGGCUUUGAUUAAUUUUGCUUCUGUGAUAUUUUCGACUAGAAAUCUGAAGACGCAUGUGGAUAUUGUUGGGAUACCAUUCCAUUUGAUGUGCCAGAUCCUACAUUGGAUUAUCAGAGACAGGAUGGAUUUUGUGUUCCAAAGUUUAGGGAACCAAGCUACUUUAACUGGGAUGUUGUUUUCAAAAUUUGCAGUUAGCCUUGCAGUGCUAUUAAUUAUAGACGUAAAAGCCGUGAAGUUCUUUCUAUGGAGCUAUUUACUAGACCAAUCUCAUAGAGAUGUAACUUACAUGUUACUUGGGGUUGAUUUUGGCCUACUUUUCUUAGACCUGGUACAUGUAUUGCUACUUGUGGGUUUGAACUUGAUCGAGAUUUACAAAUCCAGGGACUACCGGUUGGCAGAAGUUAUGGACCGGGAGGAUGAUUUGGAUGAUAUUGGAGAGGUCUAUACUAUGGAGGGAAAAUUUAUCUACGAAUGGAUUAUAGAAAUUGUAAUCAAUACCAUGAAGAUAAGCUUGGAUAUAUUGGUAUUCUUCCAUGGUCUAUUCAUGUUCAGUAUAAUCUACGAUUUAUUCUUAAAGGCGUUUGAAAUGGGGGAUCAUAUAAUGCUGGUUUAUAACUAUUGGAAGAAUAACAAGAAGCUGUAUGAGAGGUUAUCAGAAGUAACAGAGGAACAAUUAAUUGAAAGUGAUUCUAUGUGUACAAUUUGUAUGGAUGACAUGUUACCACUUGCUAAUCCCGAAAAGCACAAUAGAAGACCUAAAAUGUUACCAUGUGGUCACAUUUUACAUUUUGGUUGUUUGAAGAAUUGGAUGGAAAGGUCACAAACCUGUCCUAUUUGCAGACUGCCGGUGCUGACAUCAACAAAUACCAAUAAUAUGCAACAAGUUAACAAUAUAAGAAGGGAGGAAGGCCAACAAAAUCAAAAUCAAACUGACCAGAGACCCGAAAUGAUCAAUAAUAUAGAUACAGAAAAUAAUGAGGGCCAUUCCACAGGAUAUUCAAGACCAACACAUAUUAUUAAUGAAGGUCCAAGCAGUAGCCAAGUUUCUAAUUUGGAAUCAAUUGACACUGCGAACUGGAUAUCGUUUCCGAUUGAGUAUCAAAUAGAUCAAAAAUUCUACCUGAAAUUAAAAGAAUACCAAACUGACAAAGAAUGGGAAGCUGUACUUACAUCACGGCCAAAAUUCACCCCGCAAUCUCAAGUAGAUACAUCUCGCAAUGAAAUAGAACCUCAAUUCCAUCGAGCAACAAUAAAGGAAUUAAACAGUUCGGAUAUCUCUCUUCGAAACUCCUGUUCACCGUUGAUAAUAGCAAACUCUCAGUUGGCUCAAACAGAAGAGAUGGAACGCUUGAAACGAAGGAUUUCAGAAUUAGAAAAUAAGGUAGAUGAGUUAUCCAAACGAAUUAAAACAGAUUAG